ACAUAGUUGUCGAACAAAUCAAGCCUAACUAUAGCGAAAGGAAACAAAAUGGCGCUUAAUGACAACCGCAGUGACCACCGGUCUAUGUACCGUGAACCCUCCAAGUUCAUUUUGAAUAUGAAGUAGCAAUGAAAAUAACGACUUUAUUUCGCGUCUUGAUUCCAGGAGUUUUUCUCCUUCACUACCCACAUACAGCAACAUGCAGUAAGUUCUUCUUCAAUUCCACAUCACAGAUGCAAGUACCAUCACCAGUUAUUCCUCUCCGCACUGGGUUUGAUUUCAGCUUUAGAACUUGCAGUGGUGGGGUUUUGCUUGAUCAAAAAGGGCCAAGCAAUGGUUUUGUUCGUCUGGAAGUGGUUCCCACAACAGUGAAUUAUUCUGUUACACCUGUAUUGUUUAUUGCAAGCCAUCUGAAAAUGACAUGGUCAAUAAAUUCAAUACAGGAGUCAGUUACAUUAGGGAAAGACUUGGACCAAAAUAUUAUUUAUAAAGUACAAUUUACUGCUGGCAGUGGAGGGACAAAUUCAACGCUCAGCCUAACUGGAUUGGCAUCAUUUUCUGCAGCUAUUCCAAACAAUAUUUUAGACUUUACAAAUACAGGCCCAUUAUUUGCUGGCUCUCCUGUCUCUGGUGGUGGUACAGGAUUUGUUGGAUGUAUUAUAAGUGGAAGAAAUAUUCCAUUGGUAAAGACCGGCACUUCUAUCAACAUCAGUGAAAACUGUACGCUUGAUUACCAACUGGGAUGCCCAACCAAAGUGUGCCCUGCUGGUUUUACUGGGGAUUACUGUCAGGUCAAUAUCGAUGACUGCCCUAGCGCUCUAUGUCAUCACUACAGUACUUGUAUUGACCUUAUUAGUAACUACAGUUGUAGCUGUGGACCAAGAUGGACUGGCCGACUGUGUGAUAACUUCCUGGGAUCUUUAUGCAACAAGACUAUUAACAAUAACACUGAUGUCUGCAAGAAUGGAGGUCUUUGUUUCGACACUGAUGACAAGAACAACUACACGUGUACUUGUGCUGUGGGUUUCACUGGACGUAACUGUGAACUUGAAUUUGACCCUUGUGAUAGUUCACCAUGUGAGCAAAGUGGAACAUGCUCUAAGCUUGGACUUGAUGAUUUCAGAUGUGAUUGUCCAAAAGGUUUUAAGGGAAAGACAUGUGAUGAAAAUAUAGAUGACUGUUCACCAUCUCCUUGUGGAACAGGCUUUUGUAAUGAUGGAAUCGACACCUUUACUUGUAACUGUACUGGAUCUGGAUACACUGGAGAAAAAUGUAAUGUGGACAUUAAUGAAUGUGAAACUGAAAAACCUUGUCAUCCUAAUGCUACUUGUACUAACUACAAAGGCACAUACCAGUGUAACUGUCAACCAGGAUUUAACGGAAAGAAUUGCUACCAAAAUAUUGAUGACUGUCGAAGCAACCCAUGUCAAAAUGGAGGACGUUGUGUUGAUGAAGUAAGCCGUUAUAGAUGUGAAUGUGUAGUUGGUUUUAAUGGCACCUCGUGUCAACAUAACAUUGAUGACUGUGUGGCCCACACUUGUAACAACUACUCUCGGUGCCAAGAUGGUGUCAAUAAUUACACUUGUGUUUGUAAGCCAGGAUUUGAAGGUGAAAACUGCACAGUUAACAUCAAUGAUUGCAAGAAUAACUCUUGUGUCGCAAAUGCUACUUGCAGAGAUGGUGUCAAUAACUUCACCUGCCAGUGUCCCCUAGGGUACUAUGGAGAGUUCUGUCACUUGGAGAUUGAUGAGUGUCAAUCAAACCCUUGUGAGAACAAUGGAACUUGCAAUGAUUUAAUUGGCAGUUUUAACUGCACCUGUGUAACAGGAUUUAAUGGCACACAGUGUGAGAACAACACUAAUGACUGUCCAUCACAUGGCUGUAACAAUGGAACUUGUGUUGAUGGCAUUAAUAGUUUCACGUGUUACUGUAAUCCGGGGUUCAAUGGUUCAUUCUGUGAGAUAGACAUUGAUGAAUGUGAAGGUCAGUCUUGCAACUGUGGAACAUGUGAUGAUCGUCCUGGGUCAUAUAACUGUAUCUGUGAUCAGUGGACUACAGGCAAAAACUGUGAGAUUGACAUUGAUGAAUGUAACAACAGCAACCGUUGCAAUGAGGACAAGAAUCAAGGUCGUUGCUUUAACUUCGAUGAAUCCAGCUCCACUUGUGCCAGUCGUAAAGGAUUUGAAUGUCUUUGUAGGAAUGGCUUCACAGGCACAAACUGUCAGACUAAUAUCGAUGACUGUAAGCUUAAUGAUCAGCCAUGUCAAAAUGGAGCCACGUGCAUCGAUGGAAAUGUGGACUACACUUGUAACUGCAUGCCUGGUUACACAGGACGGAACUGCACUGUUGACAUUGAUGAGUGUCAGUUUGGAUUCUGUCAGAAUAACGCAACAUGUAAUCACACAAUCAAUAACUACACCUGUCACUGUUUACCAGGCUUCACGGACUUCAACUGUUCAACAAAUAUUAAUGAAUGUGAACCAAACCCUUGUGUAAAUAGUACAAACUGCACAGAUUUGAUUAAUGACUUCAACUGUACUUGUCUGCCAGGAUUCACAGGUAAGAACUGCUCUGUUGAAAUUAAUGAAUGUGACUCCAAUCCAUGUCUGAACAAUGGAACAUGUCUUAACUUGAUAGCUGAUUUCAGCUGUAACUGCACAACAAACUACACCGGCAAGUCCUGUGAGUUCAAGGUAUCUUCCUGCAAUCCUAAUCCUUGCCGCAACAAUGGAACCUGUAUCAAAGAAAACAACAACUUUACUUGUACAUGCGCACCUGGCUUUGGAGGGACACUCUGUGAUAAUAUCACCACAGUUGGAUUCAAUGGCUCUUCGUACAUGAACUUCACCCUUGGAAAACAAAUAUUUGAACUUUCAUUUCAGUUCAGGACAACUCUUCAUCACGGCUUGCUGGCUGCUGAUCCAGGUAACAAAUUCCUUGUGUUUCUUGAUAACGACAAUGUUCAUUUUGCGUACAAUGAAGCACAGAAACUUUCAGCUGGGAAGGCGGCUAAUCUUAGCAACGGCCUCUGGCACACAGUUCACGUCAACAGAUCUGUUGACUCGGUGACCCUCAUGGUGGAUAAUUCAUCCUGCGGCCAAGACUGCAUGGCAUCUUCAUCUCAACAAACACAAGCGUACAUUACAAACCUUCACAUCGGCGGCUCUUCACUUUCUCCAACCUAUGGCCGUAAUAUUCUGCAUAAUUUUACUGGAUGCAUCCAAGAUGUAAUGGUUGACAGGAAGAAAGUAAUCCCUACAGAAGAAGGGGUGCAAUUAUUUAUGACCAGUAUUGGGUGUCCACGCAGUGAGCAGUGUGUGUCCAAUUCCUGUGCAAAUGGCGAGUGUGUUGAUGAAUGGAUCAAGUUCAGCUGUGAAUGUACACGGCCCUGGAUUGGUCCACGGUGUAAUACAAGUUUGACUCCAGCAACGUUUGGUGCGACUGAGCCCUUAAACCUUGUUAGCAGCAGACGGCGUCGUGAUGUUGAGAGCAUGCGUAACGCAAGCCUUGCCAAAUUUGUCACCAAUGGUGCAAUGUUUGGCGCUACUGGGGAGCUAUCAUUCUUCAUCCGAACUCGAGAACUGAGUGGAUUGAUAAUAUUUAUGACAGACAGCAAGAGUAACAACAUCAGUGUUGGUAUUAAUGAAGGUGUCUUAGUUGUCCACACAACUCUAAAUGGGAAGAAUUCCAGUGUUACCAUAAAUGCAACUGUGAGUGACGGUCUGUGGCACUUUGUUGAAAUCCAAGGAAACAUGUCACGCGUUGAUAACCUUAGCUUAGUCACUGAACCUAUUGCAGACAAAGACAUCAAUUUGACUGUAACCUACAUUGGAGGACUUGAUGACUUCCCUCUUUACCCUGAUGUCAAUCUCAUAAGAACUCCAUUUCGCGGCUGUUUGCAGGACACCCGACUCAACAACAAACUGUUUGAUUUUGGGAUGAAUAAUGGUUCGUUGAUUUCUAUUGAGCGUUACAUGUUAGUCGCUCAAGGCGGUUUGGGCGCGGGUUGUAAGGGUAUGAACGUGUGUCGAUUGGCACCAUGUGGUGAAGGAGGCUACUGUAAAGACUUGUGGAACAAGUACGAGUGCGACUGUAAACCGCGCUAUGGUGGCGCGGACUGUGCACUGUAUGGCUGUUCGCUGGUCAACCUGUGUCCUCACAAUACCACCUGCUUAGAUGUCGGCGAAAACUAUGAAUGUAUACAGCCUAUUACUUUCAAUGGCAGUGUAAGCAGUGCAAAUUUCACUUUCGUCUCAAAGGUCAAUGUCAGCAUAGAUAUGUCUCUAAGAGUGCGAACGAGGCAGUCCUCAACUGAGUUGAUUGAAGUUCGUUCAGAUUCCAGCAGAUUCCUUAAGAUGGAGCUCACUAAUGGACAAGUGAACAUAACCUUUGCUUUGGAAGGAGAAAGUGGGUUUAUAUUGUCAGAUGAUCGAGUCAAAGUUAAUGAUGGCAAGUGGCACAGCGUCGUGUUCAACAUCACAGGCAAUCAGAGUUAUGUGACUGUAGACGGUUCCAGUACAUUUAAUUCAUCCAGACCUUCUAACGGAGGAAUAACAAGUUUAUUACUCGACACUCCAGUUGUGGUGGGCGGGUCAGUGUUUAAAGGAUGCUUAGAUAGCGUGCGCAUUGGUGGCCUGCUACUUCCGUUUGUUGAUUAUUAUAACAACACAUUAAAUGUUAGUCACGUGACUCCUUUAAAACCUCACUUCAAUGUCACCACCACAGGCUUGCAGUCUGGUUGCCAUGGUGAUGAUGUUUGCGGUCCAAAACCCUGUGAGCGGGGUUUGUGCAGUGAUAUUUGGAACCAAUUCACUUGCACAUGCCCAGAAGGAUGGGCGGGGCUUAUUUGUACCCUGAGAGCCAACAUGACAUGCGCACAUUCGCCUUGCGUCAAUGGCUCGUGCUACAAUGCGACAGAUGUUGACAUGGCAACCAACCAGAGCCAAGUUAGUGACGUAGGAUUUGACAUGUUUCGCUGUAAUUGUACUCCGGGAUUUGAAGGAAAGCGGUGCGAGAACGCCACAGACGAAUGUGUCCCUAAUCCAUGUCAAAAUGGCGCCAACUGCACUGACUUAUAUCUUAACUAUACCUGUACAUGCGUCAGCGGCUACACUGGAAGGAACUGUGAAAUAAACAUUGACGACUGUGCCAGUAGCAACUGUACUAACAAUUCUACUUGUAAUGAUGGAAUCGACUCGUAUAAUUGUUCAUGCCUGGAAGGUUUUAAUGGAACUUUCUGUGAACUAGAUAUUGAUGAAUGUGAUGUUAUGAAGCCACACGGACCUUGCAAUGCGACAGGAACAGUGAAUUGUUCCAACACAGUCGGUGGCUUUGACUGCAAUUGUAAACAAGGAUAUUUCGGUGAGUUUUGUGAGUAUGACCCUACACAGUCUUGUGAGAAAAAAGUUCCGUUUCCGUGUCGUAAUGGGGGAAAUUGUUCAGAUAAUGAGACAGGUUUCUUCUGUUCAUGUCCAGAGGGUUACAAUGGCACAUUUUGUGAGUUUGAUAUACGUGAAUGUGACGCUGAGCCGUGUCUGAAUAAUGGAACAUGCAUUGACAGCCACGCUAUCUCCUCUAGAACUUAUUUCCCAGGCUAUAAGUGUAACUGCACGGUUGAUUAUACAGGGGAUCAAUGCGAAAAGGAAAUCAACCUGUGCGAUGGCGAACCUUGUAAAAACAAUGCAACGUGCAAGAGAUUAGCGUACAACGAGUACCAAUGUAAUUGUACAGCCGAGUACAAAGGAGAAAACUGUACAAUCUUCCAGCCAUGUUACAGCAGGCCCUGCAAGAAUGGAGCUACAUGUCACGAAACUUACGAACCUGUUAGUAACUACACCUGCACAUGCGCACUAGGAUUUUACGGCAGGGACUGCGAAAACAUUACAGACUACUGUUCACCAGACCCCUGCAGGAACAACGCGACUUGUGUGAACUUGAACACGCAAGGGAAGUAUUUCUGCAACUGCACAGAAGGGUUUGGUAAUGUGAAUUGUAGUGGGCUGUUGAAGCAUUGCAGACCCGAUCCAUGCGUUAAUGGAACGUGUAUUCCAUUAAUGCACACUUAUCAAUGCCAGUGUGUUCCAGGUUAUACCGGAAACACUUGCGAGGAAUCCAUAAACAAAUGCCAACCGAAUCCCUGUCAACACGAUGGCCAGUGUUCACAAUCUUCGAAUUCAGUUAGCUGUGCUUGUACAACUGGUUGGAUCGGCAAAACGUGCCAGUUUGAAGAUCCUUGCAUAAACAGUCAGUGUGAGAACGGUGCUACUUGUGAAAUCAUCGAACAGUUUGGGAACUUCUCUUGUGUUUGUCCUGAGUACUUCACUGGAGAGGUGUGUGAAACGUCUCUUGAACCAACUGAUCCUGGAGAAAGGACCAGUGGUACUCCAGCGAUUCUCAUUGGUGGAAUAGUAGCAGCAUGUGUGCUCGCCUUAUUGCUUUUGAUUCUGCUGCUGGUGGUAGUAAGGAAGCGAGCGGGUAAUGGUACAUACAGCCCCAGUAAGGAAGAAGUAGAAGCUGGACGAGUUGAGAUGGAUUCCGUGUUGAAACCUCCUCCACAAGAAAGACUCAUAUGAUCUCACUCACGGGCAUUCAUCUCUGGGAGACCUGCCAGCAUUUCGCGGCGUUCUCUGGUGCAACGUUCUCCCUGUGAAAUAUUUUCCCCGUGCGUGAUAAGGGGUGGACCAUUUGACUUUUAAGGGUGGGGGGG